ACAACAAACAACUAGCACACUUACACACUUGGAUAAGGCCCAUUCAAAUAUUCAACACACACAACACACACAUGAGAUUGUUAUUCUUGUUCUCACAACGUAACACCUCCUAUUCUUCCUCUAUUUCCUGCACCGUUACAAAGCUCUGAAGAAAUGGCGACAAGUGGUGGUGGUAACGAAGAAGAACAACGAGAAGGCCUUCUCCAAACGCCGCUACAAAUCCCUGAAUUGCUCUUCGUUUCGCUGAAAAUGGAGAACCCCAAGACCCUUUUCCCUCACGUUUGUGGCUCCCUCCCAUUGCUUGGUGCUUCAUGGGAUCCUUCCAAAGCUCUUUCUAUGGUAAGGGAAUCGGCGUCAAUGUGGGAAUUGAGCUUUGUUGUUCCACCAAAUCAUGAAGCUUUAGAUUUCAAAUUCCUCUUAAAGCCCAAGGAUAUCAAUACACCUUGUUUGGUUGAGGAGGGUCCAAGUCGCUUACUCAUUGGGGGAGCAUUGCAGGAUGGAGCCAGGCUUGCUUUGUUUAAGUUUGAUAAUGAUCAGGUUGUUGAGUAUCAAGUGUUUGUUGAAGCGAGCAGGGUUUCUCCCUUUGACCUUGCAGCUAGUUGGAGGGCGUAUCAGGACCAUUUCCAUAUUUCGCCUGUACGCGGGAUACCUGAUGUUAGCAUAAAUUCAGAACCUCAGACAAGUGGCGAGAAUGUCUCUUGUGUGAGUUUGGAACUUGAUCUUGAGCAUUAUGUUGUCCCAGCUCCCUCAACUUCUGCAAAUGCAAAUCCUGUAUAUGCUGCUAACUUGACAGAGAAUCCCAGAUCACCUAGUAAUGGGUCAGCCAGCAAUUCAAACUCCCCCAGAGAUGGCGAUGUUUCUAUUGAUCAACCUGCAAGAGAGAUGGAGGUCCAUACUCUAGAUCUAUCAAAGGUGAAUCAAAAUCCUGGAAUGGUUAAAUCUCAGUCAGUGGGAACAAUCUCAUCGCUGCAAAAGGAAGGUGCUCAGAGGAGACUUCUAAUUGAUAGGGGUGUUGGAUCUCAUAAACUUGUAAAAUCUUCUAGUUCAAUUUCUCUGACUACUGAUCGUAGCUUGGAUACUGAUACAAAGAAUUCAAUUCCAGCAGCUGCUGGAGCUGUCGCAGCUGCUGCCGUUGCUGAUCAGAUGCUGGGUCCCAAGGAGGAGAGAUAUUUGGCAAUUGUCAUGGUGAGUCUGCCAGCUCGAGGUAAAACUUUUACUGCAGCUAAACUUACAAGAUAUCUUCGUUGGUUAGGUCAUAAUACAAAGCACUUCAACGUUGGUAAGUAUCGUCGGCUUAAGCAUGGAGCUAAUCAGUCUGCUGAUUUCUUUCGAGCUGACAAUCCUGAAGGCGUGGAGGCACGUAAUGAGGUAGCGAAGCUGGCGUUUGAAGAUAUGAUAUCUUGGAUGCAUGAAGGUGGGCAGGUUGGAAUAUUUGAUGCCACAAAUAGUAGCAAGCAGCGAAGAAAUAUGUUGAUGAAAUUGGCUGAAGGAAGAUGCAAGAUUAUCUUUUUGGAAACAAUAUGCAAUGAUGUAGACAUAAUUGAAAGGAAUAUACGUUUUAAAAUUCAGCAAAGUCCUGACUAUGCAGAAGUGUCAGAUUUUGAGGCUGGGUUACGAGACUUUAAAGAUCGUGUAGCCAAUUAUGAGAAGGUUUAUGAGACGGUUGAAGAAGGAUCUUAUAUAAAAAUGAUUGACAUGGCCAGUGGACAUGGUGGGCAAUUACAAGUGAAGAAUAUCAGUGGCUACCUACCUGGCCGGGUUGUCUUUUUCUUGCUUAAUACACAUCUUACACCACGCCCAAUAUUACUCACUCGGCAUGGAGAAAGUCAGGAUAACGUGAGAGGCAGAAUUGGAGGAGAUCCUGCAUUAAGUGAAACUGGAGAACUUUAUAAAAAGAAGCUUGCCAAAUUUGUUGAAAAGCGUCUCAAAUCAGAAAGAGCUGCUUCUAUAUGGACUAGUACGCUGCAGCGAACAAUUCUGACGGCAGGCCCUAUUGUUGGAUUUCCCAAGAUACAAUGGCGUGCCCUUGAUGAGAUAAAUGCUGGGGUGUGUGAUGGGAUGACAUAUGAAGAAAUCAAGAAGAACAUGCCAGAGGAGUAUGAAUCCCGCAAAAAAGACAAGCUGAGGUAUCGGUAUCCUCGUGGGGAGUCUUACUUGGAUGUUAUUCAGAGGUUAGAGCCUGUAAUUAUUGAGCUUGAGCGACAAAGAGGACCGGUUGUUGUGAUAUCUCACCAGGCAGUUUUGAGGGCAUUAUAUGCUUAUUUUACUGAUAGACCUUUGAAAGAAAUUCCACAUAUGGAGGUGCCCCUUCAUACCAUAAUAGAGAUACACUUGGGAGUUACAGGUGUACAGGAGAAAAGAUACAAGCUAAUGGACUGAAAUGACAUAGGUGGGGAAAGAAAGAGAAGUGAAAUUUCUCAUUGUUUUCUUUUCUUUUCUUUUGCAAAUGAGGAGGAAAAAUGAUGAAUUAUCAUGUAAAUUGUAAUCCUCCAAAACCACUAUUCAUUUUCAUGAAGCAUUCUUUCGUUUCCAACUUGAAGAAUUUUCAACAUUGAAACAAAAGAGUAUACAAUUUACUACUUAACUCCUA